UCUGCAACUCAAAAAUCUCUCUGUGGCGGUGUUGGCAUGUAUGUAAUGGAGAUAUCUGCCGUAUGUGUUGGGUUUAACCACCAUACCCUCACUCUCCCUGCUCCAUUGUCUUUUUCCUUGAUAACUUCUCUGUCUCCUCCUACCGCAAGAGCCAAAUCUCCGCAAGUUAGUUUCGCAACCACCACUCUCGUGAAAGAACCGAAGUCAGUUCCGGAGUCGCCCAAUGUUGCAGUCACACCGAAAAAGCGCCGUUCCUACUCGGAAAAACAAGCUGCCAUUAUUCAAGUUCAACAGUCUCCUGAUUUGAGCUCUGCGCUUGAAAGAUUGGGAGAGAUAUUGAAGGUGCAAGACUUGAAUGCCAUUUUGCGGCAUUUUGGGAAGCAAAGCAGAUGGCAGGAUCUUUCUCAGCUCUUUGAUUGGAUGCUGGAGCAUAAUAAAAUCAAUGUCUCAUCUUAUAGCAGUUAUAUAAAGUUUAUGGGGGAAAGUGUCAAUUUUGUAAAGGCCCUAGAAAUUUACAAUACUAUUCCAGACGAAUCAGCCAAAACCAAUGUUGUUGUUUGCAAUUCUGUCCUUAGUUGUUUGGUCAAAAACGGAAAGUUUGACAGCAGCAUCAAGUUGUUUCAUAAGAUGAAGCAAGAUGGUCUAACACCAGAUAUUUUUACAUAUAGUAUGUUGCUUGCAGGUUGCAUGAAAGUCCACCAUGGCUAUUCUAGGGCUUUGGAGCUGGUUCAGGAACUGGAGUUCAAUGGGCUGCAAAUGGACAGUGUGAUCUAUGGGACACUUUUAGCUGUCUGUGCUUCAAAUGAUCGAUGUGAAGAAGCGGAGAGCUACUUUAGCAAAAUGAAGGAUGAAGGUCAUUUGCCUAAUGUGUUCCAUUAUAGUUCAUUGCUCAAUGCCUACGCUUCUGGUGGAAGUUAUAAGAAAGCGGAAGACUUAGUGCAAGAUAUGAGGUCAUCAGGGAUGGUACCAAAUAAGGUAAUAUUGACAACUCUGUUAAAGGUAUAUGUUAGAGGAUGUUUGUUUGAGAAAUCAAGAAAAUUAUUGGCUGAACUGGAAGCUUUGGGAUAUGCUCAAGAUGAGAUGCCCUAUUGUAUAUUGAUGGAUGGCCUUGCUAAGGCUGGACACAUAGAUGAAGCUAGAUCUGUUUUCAGAGAGAUGGAGGAAAAAUGUGUUAAAUCAGAUGGCUACUGCUACAGCAUCAUGAUUUCAGCAUUCUGCCGAGGAGGACUUUUGGAAGAGGCAAAGCACUUAGCCAAGGAUUAUCAAGCGAAGUACGACAGAUAUGACUUAGUAAUGCUAAAUACAAUCCUUCAUGCCUACUGCAGAACAGGUGAAAUGGAGAAUGCAAUGCAAAUGAUGAAGAAAAUGGAUGAAUUAGCAAUCAGUCCAGAUUGUAAUACCUUCCAUAUCCUGAUCAAAUAUUUUUGCAAGGAGAAGUUGUAUAUGCUUGCUUAUCAAACUAUGGAAGACAUGCAUAGUAAAGGCCACCAACCAGCGGAGGAACUUUGCUCCUCAUUAAUUUUCCAUCUUGGUAAAACCCGGGCCCACUCUGAAGCAUUUUCUGUUUACAAUAUAUUGAGAUAUGGCAAGAGGACAAUGUGCAAAGCUCUUCAUGAGAAAAUUCUGCAUAUUCUUAUUGCUGGUCGACUUCUCAAAGAUGCUUAUGUGGUAGUGAAGGAUAAUGCAGGUUCCAUCUCUCAGCCCGCCAUAAAGAAGUUUGCAAAUGCUUUUGUGAAGUUGGGCAAUAUCAAUUUGAUAAAUGAUGUUAUGAAGGUCAUACAUUGCUCUGGCUACCAGAUUGGUCCGGAGCUAUUUCAGAUGGCCAUAUCACGCUACAUCUCAAAUCCUGAAAAGAAGGAAUUGCUUCUCCAAUUGCUACGGUGGAUGCCUGGUCAAGGUUAUGCUGUUGAUUCAUCAACAAGAAACCUGAUCCUCAAGAACUCACACUUAUUUGGCCGUCAACUCAUUGCUGAGAUUUUGUCAAAGCAGCAAACGAUGUCGAAGGCAAUGAGAUCUCAUCAAAAUAAGAAUAAAUGAGCUUGAAGCUAAAGGAGUACCAGCUCAUUGCUACUUCAUUUUUCCAGAGGAAACUGUUUGGAAAAGAGCACACGCUUGGAGUUUUUCUAUCUAGGGAUAGGAAAAAGAUUCCAGAGGCAAGUUAAACUCUCAAAAGGCUGGAGUCAGGGAGAGCACAAAAACCUGAUUUCUCUUCCAAUAAUUGGAAUUGCUAUCUUAGGACAUGUAAACCAAUUCUUACAGAGUGAUCUGUAAGAAGGAAAUCUUGCCAGAACAUUGAACUUCCAAUAUGUCGAGGUCAACUUAUUUUCCAUUUUGUUUUUAUUUGUAUAUAUAUAUGAAUGUAUUAUGUAUAUGUAUAAGUGAUAGAUUGAAUAGUUUGAUUUAUCAAUUUUGUAGGCUUGUUCUUUGUAUGUA